CUGUUUAUUACCGAAAUAAAGGCUGCAGCAGCAGCGCCUGUGAGGGAGUAGAGAUCUUGAUAGACUUGACGAACUCAGGAAUGAUUGGCUGUGCUCUGCUGGGACCAUCCUGUACCUAUGCAACUUUCCAACUGGUGGAGCUACUUGAAGGACCGGAACAAAUUACAUCGAAGGCUUCCUUGGAUUCACCCAGCGGGCCGUCAUUUGUAUAACCCGGGUCAAGACUACAUUUAUGUUUAUUUGAAUCCGAAAAUUAGGAAUUCAAAAUGCAAAAUGGCUUUUCUUUUUGCUCUCAGUUGUAAUUUGAUGUCAAAAAAGCAAGAGACAAAAUGAAAAAUUGGCAAGAGUUAAACAAAUAUUUAACAUGAAUGUAAUAUAUUGUGAAUGUAACAAAUGGUUACAAAUUGAUUUAAUUUAACAAUAUGGCUUUUAUAGCUUAUAAAAUUAUAAAGCACUUGAUUUACUUGAUUUCAUCCUAUUAUUUUUCUUCUGCACACAAUUUAAUGAAGCAAUGAGAUAAUGAAAUGUCAUGAAAUGACAUUAAUUGUUAUGAAAUGUCUACACGUGACUUAAUCGCUUUUAUCCGGCUUUUAAUUUGCCAUUUUGAAUUGUUAAUUGUCAAGAAUGAAUAAAAGAAUGCCAGUGUUUUAAUUCACCAUAUUAUACUGUAAAAAAAACAUGCCAGUUCACUUUAAGUGUUGCAGAUAAGAUACCCGAUUCUGAUGCUGUCUUCACUGACGCACUCGGCCAGAAGACGAAUUUCAGCAUGGCACAUUGUGGUUACAUGAAAAUUACAGACAUUGAUGCUGGACUUAACACCUUCUUCUCACUUAAACCAAUAUCAAGCCAGAAAAUCAUUUUGCACUGAUGUUGGUCUAGACGUCAAUAUGCCCAUCAUCUCAGCGGGGAGCUUUGGCCUGUCCUGUGACUACAAGGCUAACCUCACUCGCCUCCUUCCUCCAGCUCGAAAGGUCUCCAAUUUCUUUAUCAACUUCUGGAGAUUCUCUGAUGAUAUUAAGCCUUCAUGGAAUAAGACAUACCUCUACAAAAAAAUCAAUAACACAGAGGACUGCUUUUGGUACAUGAAUGCCCUAGAGGUUGCCUCAGGCUCCUUUUCUUCCAGUAUUGAGAAGAGAGUGGUGCUUCGAAAAGAGGAAGACGUCAGCGCGGCAUUGAAAAAUAAUAGAGAAAGUAACUUGUUUAUUUUAUGUGGAACUCCUGAUGACAUCAUGGAUUUGAAGAACGGCUCUCUGGAGGCUUAUGCUCAAGUUGCCUUUAUUCUCAUUGAUCUGUACAAUGAUCAAUAUUACCUUGAAUCAUCCAAUGAUGCUAUGAAGAAUGUCUUGGUCCUGACAAUGCCUAAUAUUCGCAAUUACAACAUAACCUCCAAUAAUACGAUGAAUGAUUAUAUUGCUGCAUAUCAUGAUGCAGUGCUUCUAUUCGGGCAAGUGAUGAGGCAAAUUUGGAAGACUCCUGUCAUGGAUGUAGACAGUGUCAACAUUAGCUAUUUCAGAAAUGUGUCAUUUAAAGGAAUUGCAGGAGAUUAUAUGUUAGAUGAAUAUGGGGAUAGAGAUGUGGUGUUUUCGGUGAUUUACACCAACACCAAGAAUGAGUACAAAGUUCUGUAUACUUUUGACACCAGCACUAAUAAAACAACACUGGUCGACAACAAUCCUUCAUUCAUCUGGCCUGAACAGCAACUUCCUUACGAUCGAAUUCAUGCUAAUAACCCAGGUCUGCCGAUGAAGUAUAUUGUUAUCAUAUCACUGGCUUCCCUUGUGUUGGUUGCGAUAGCCACAGUUGCAUUUGUCUUUUAUUGGCAGAACAGGUCAUACCGCCAUAAACAGAAGCAAUGGUCCCACAUACCCGUAGAGCUCAUUACCCCUGUAAAGUCCAGUGAGAGGAAUUUGGUGUCCCUAAAGAUUGAUGAGGAUGCCUGGAAAGAUACAAGACAGAAGAUUCGCAGAGCACGCUAUGAUAAAAAGGUUGUUAUCCUUAAGGAGCUGAAGCAUUCUGAUUUCUACUUCAGUGAAGGCCAGAGAAUAGCACUCAAUGCACUAUUACAAAUAGAUUAUUACAACCUAAUAAAAUUCUAUGGUACGGUAAAAAUUGAUCACGAGGUUCUUGGAGUAUUUGAAUAUGGUGACCGAGGAUCUCUAAGGUAUGUACUUAAUGAUAGUAUUUCAUACCCAGAGGAGACCUUCAUGGACUGGGAGUUCAAAAUUUCUGUCAUGUAUGACAUUGCAAAGGGCAUGUCCUAUCUUCACUCGAGCCACAUUGAAGUCCAUGGCCAUCUGAAGUCCACCAACUGUGUCAUAGAUAAUCGUAUGGUAGUGAAAAUUACUGGCUUUGGUUUUAAUACUAUCCUCAGUCCAGACAGAGAUCUGUGGACUGCUCCAGAGCAUUUACGCAAAGAGGGCAUUUCUCAGAAGGGAGAUGUUUAUAGUUUUGCCAUAAUUGCACAGGAAAUCAUGCUGAGAAAGUGCACUUUCUAUACCAAGGCCUGUUCUGACAAAGCUGAAAAGUUGGUCCGUGUUCAGUAUCCCAGAAGGCUGUGUUUUUUCAGGCCAGAUCUAAACUUUGAAACUCCAAGUGAAAAAGAAUUGGAGGUGUACUUGCUUAUCAAAUCCUGUUGGGAUGAAGACCCUGAGAAAAGACCAGAUUUCAAAAAGAUUGAAAGCACUUUGGGAAAGAUUGUCAGUCCACACAACCAGGCCAAUGAGAAUUACAUGGGGAAUCUGAUUCGGAGGCUACAGAUGUAUUCCCGUAACCUAGAGCACCUGGUGGAAGAGCGCACAGCUUUGUACAAGGCAGAGAGAGAUAGAGCGGACAAUCUCAACUUUAUGCUUCUUCCAGGCCCAGUGGUACGUGCUCUGAAGGAGACUGGCAUUGUGCAGCCUGAGCUGUUUGAUGAGGCCACUAUCUACUUUAGUGAUAUCGUGGGUUUCACCACACUUUGCCAAUACAGCACCCCCAUGGAGGUGGUAGACAUGCUCAAUGACAUUUACAAAAACUUUGACAGCAUCCUCGACCAUCAUGAUGUUUACAAGGUGGAGACAAUUGGUGAUGCGUACAUGGUGGUGUCAGGUCUCCCACGGCGCAAUGGAGACAGACAUGUGAUGGACAUUUGCCAUAUGGCACUGGACAUCCUUUCUUUCAUGGGCACUUUUGAGUUGCGCCACCUGCCUGGAUUGCCUGUAUGGAUCCGUAUAGGGGUGCAUUCAGGCCCUUGUGCUGCAGGUGUCGUGGGUCUUAAGAUGCCCAGAUACUGUCUGUUUGGAGACACAGUGAACACUGCCUCUCGCAUGGAGUCUACAGGAUUACCUUUGAGAAUCCAUGUAAGUCAGUCAACGAUCAACAUUAUUGAGCGGGCUGACUGCAAAUUUGAAUACACGAAGCGAGGAGAGACAUAUUUGAAGGGUAAAGGCAAAGAGACAACUUACUGGUUAACAGGAGUUACUGGACAAAACUACAACCUGCCUACUCCCCCAACAGCUGAAAACUUCCAGCGUCUGCAGCAAGACCUGGCAGAGAUGAUAAAGUGUUGUCUGGAACAACGGUCCCCAAGUCUUGAGAAGAGGAAGACAUUUUCAACACGUCAGAGGAAGCUCAGAGGUCAAUUAGAGCUGACUGAUAGUGAGCAGCCUGAGUACUUCCACCUCGCUACUGUAGACAACCUUAGUACAUUCCUUUAACCUGUAAAAAUGUUUGUUUCAUGUUUAUUUCAGAAUAUUGUAAAUAAUCUAUAUUUCACUAUCGGUAGCUAUUGAUUUGCCUUAUUUUUGUAUGCCAUUUGAAAUGUACUUUUUGUAAUUUUUUUUUUACUCUUAGGUUGUAGUAUAUGCCUGUAUUCCACUUGUAAGUGUGAACAAUUUUAAAGCAUGUUCUCUAUAAAUUGUUCAAAUUGUUAAACUGUAUAA